AGUAGAGAAUUUCUUCCUAACGUCUAACCUAAACCUGCCCUCUUUCAAGCCAUUCCCCUUUGUCCUGUGAUUACAUGCCCUCACAAAAACUCCCUUUCCAGCUCUCUUGUAGCCCCUUUUAGGUACUGAGGAUGGUAAGACACUGGCACGAGUUGCCCAGAGGAGCUGUGGAUGUCCCAUCCCUGGAGGAAUUCAAGGCCAGGUUUGAUGGGGCUUUGAGCACCUGUUCUAGUGGAAGGUAUCCCUGCCCAUGGCAAAAGGUUUGAAACUAUAUGUUCUUUGAAGUCCCUUCCAACCCAAACCAUUCAGUAGUUCUGUGAUCCUAUCAUUUAAUAUGAGCUGCUGAAACUAUCCACCUGCUUUUCCUCUCCCCUGCACCAUGAUCAGUGUGUCAGUGUAGGUACAUCGGUAUCGAAUCCACAGAAGCCACCAAAAAACCUUCCGUAUUUUCUGAGGCUGUGUUACUUUGCUGCGUGAUUCGUAGUAAAACACCCUAAAGCACUUAGACCUGUAGGGCUUCUGCAAACCCAGGGACACAAAGCUGGGACUCAGACUAAGCCAGCAAUCAAGCACUAGGUUACUGGGCAGUGUAGUUUUUAUCCUAUGUUAAUCAGCAGCUUUGACUCAUCAAUCAUAUGCAAAACAAUAGUGGACUCCUGUGACAGUUUUGGUGAAAAACAGAGGUUCUGGGCAUAUCCAGAGGAUGACCAAUAUUGUCAUUCUUGAUCAGGUUGCCGUUUCUAAGCACCCUGAGGCUUGUGACAAAUCCAGAUCAAGGAUGCAGCUUCUCCAGAACUUGCCAUUUUCGUGUGUUUGUAUGACAAAGAUUUGCUUUCAGGGUAGCCAAACAUGAAGUGUGCGUGAAGCCUGGUGCUGGCACGGGAUGCUGCCAGGGAAAGGUCCACGCCCCUUCAGAGCAGUUCCUUCCCUUGCCGUGGGUGUUGUGCUCAAAGUCACUCUUCUAAAUCCUGAAUGACACAAACUGGGUGGGACUGGGUCAUACUCCCAUACCUCAAAGCCUUCCUGUUUGCGCAGCCACAGCCGCCCCAGCUCGGCAGAAGACAGGUUUGGGAAAAAGCUGAGCCAAACUUUCAAACUGAAGGAGCCUUAACAACAGAGUACGUGUCACUCACAGACCUCAAAGGGCUUGGCAAUCAAGGCAGGAGUGUCCUGGAGAUGAAUCCCUGUGCCACCUAUGAGCGGUUAGUGGAUGGUGUCGGGCCGUGGGACUUCACUGGAGGUUUUGUUCCCUGUGAGCUGCUCCUUGUUGGAGAGGAUGCCUACCCUGUGCUCCUGAGCGCUAAGAAGCAGGUCCUGAUUGCUGUUUCACACUAUGGGAAGGGCCACAUGGUGGUCGUUUCCCACGAAGGAAUCCUGAAGGACCCUAAGUUCUCCCAGUUCCUCAGAAAUGCUGUGGAGUGGCUCAAGCCUUGCCCAGAGGCCCUGGUUGGGGUUCAUCCUAAGUUGGAUUCCCUGUCCCAGGUGCUGCUCGGGGCUGGCACCCGAGUGCAGGCAGGGGCAGAGCCCAGCCCCUCCAUGGGGGUGUUCUGUAUGGAUGCCUAUGACAGCUCCCAGGCCAAAGGCAUUGUGGAAUUUGUCAAAGGGGGUGGAGGGCUGCUCGUUGGAGGCCAAGCCUGGUACUGGGCGAGUCAACACGGCAAGGAGAAGGUGCUGUUCGAAUUCCCUGGGAACCAGGUGACCAGUGUGGCUGGCGUGUACUUCACAGGGAACGCCGUGGAAAAAGGUGUCUUCAAAGUCGCCAAGAAGAUUCCCAAGAUCCCAUUAGUUGUCCCGCACCAGGCCACCCUGAGCCUUGAUGCCGAGUCUCUCCUGCGCGGUGUGUCGGAGCUGGAUUUGACGACGGGGGGCAUCCCCUCCACCUUGCUGGUGCACGGAGCCCUCUCCUUCCCGCUGUGCCUGGACAGCUCCCACCGCUGCCUCUUGGCUGCCGCACGCUACGGCCGCGGCCGCGUGCUGCUGGCGACCCACGAGAGCCAACUCUUCUCCCCAAAGCUGGCCAGAUUCCUGCUCAAUGCUGUCUCCUGGCUGGAUGCCGGGAGGAAGGGGCUGGUGGGGGUGGAUCCCCGCCUGAAGACGCUGUGCGGCCUCCUGUCUCAGGCAGAGGUGAAGUCGCAGGUGUCCCAGCUGGCAGGCGGCUUCAGCGUGUACUGCUGCUCUUCUUACAGCAACGGAGAUGCCGAGAGGAUCCACGCGUUCGUGGCAGAGGGAGGUGGCCUGCUCAUGGGGGGCCAGGCCUGGUACUGGGCUUCCCAGAACUGUGGCAAAGCCGCUGUGGCAAAAUAUCCUGGCAACAGGAUCCUGAACCGCUUUGGGCUGAGCAUCCUGGGGCAGAGAGGCCAGGCAGCCAAGUACCCGCCCGUGGGCCCGGGGGAGCACUACCAUUUCCGCAGGGCGCUCCUGCUCUUCAGCACGCAGCUGCAGGAGCGCCGGGAGCUCACGGAGCCCCUGAAGGGCUGGCUGCCCCGGCUGGCACAGGACUGCGCUGCCUUCCUGCACAUCCCAGCCCACGACUGCCCGGCGUAUGCUUCGCUCCACCGCAUCCUGACCAAAGUGCUCAAGAGGAGUGGGAUCCCGCAGGUCAGCAGGCACUGCCCGGUCAAGAGCAACUCCAAAGAGGCAGUGCUUCUCUGCAUGGCGACCGAGCUGUCCCUCACCAUGACAGACUGCGGGGCCCUGCUGCAGAAAUCUGCUGCUGGGGUCUGUGCCCUCCCUGUCACUGUGGAAAUUGAUGGCACAAACCCAGGAAAGACAGCCUGGAGGAGCACAGGACUCUAUCUCCCCGAAGGGCACACAGCAGUUAUCACCUGCCCUUGCCUGGUGGUCGGUGCUGGUCUGAAGGUGCAGGUUGGGUGUCACACAGAUGACCUCUCUCAAGCCAAGGAGCUGAAACGGGCACCAGUGGUAAUACGAACCUGUGAUGUUGCCUGCCAGAAACAAUCCAUUUCCUGCCUCUGGGGUGGCCUCAUUUACAUCGUGGUACCAGCAAAGAGUGUCCUGGGGAAUGUGCCCAUCACGGUGGAAGGGGCAGUCAGAGCUCCUUUCUUCAAGCUUGGGGAGACCUGUGAAAGGCAGUGGGAGGCCUGUAUCCGGCACUACCCUGCUCCCUGGGCAGAGCUGGCUGUGGAGAAUCUCAUCCUGACAGUGCCAUCUGACAGCAUCCACCACAUGGAGGACCCACGGCCGCUGCUGACCCUGUGGAACGAGAUCAUGGUGGCGAUAAGCAAGUUGGCAGCCAUACCAGCAAAAUUCCCAAGGCCAGAGAGGAUUGUAACAGAUGUCCAGAUCUCAUGUGGCUGGAUGCAUUCUGGCUACCCCAUCAUGGGCCACCUGGAUUCAACGAAGGAGAUGUUAGAUGUGAAGCAUAUGAAAACUUCUGGUCUUUGGGGUCCCGUCCAUGAGCUGGGACACAAUCAACAGCAGCAGGCAUGGGAGUUUCCUCCUCACACCACAGAGGCCACAUGCAACCUCUGGUCUGUCUAUGUUCAUGAGGAGGUGCUGGGCAUUCCCAGGCAUCAGGCCCACCAGGCACUCAGGCCACAGUGUCGGAAGGAAAGGAUAAAAGACUAUCUGAAGAAAGGUGCUCAGCUGAAGGACUGGAAUGUGUGGACUGCUCUGGAGACAUACCUGCAGUUGCAGGAAGGGUUUGGUUGGGACCCCUUCACCCACCUCUUCUCAGACUACCAGAAAAUGUCCUCCAUCCCAAAAGACAACACUUCUAAGAUGAACUUGUGGGCACAGAAGUUUUCUCAGCAGGUGAAUAAGAAUUUGGCUCCAUUCUUUACAGCCUGGGGAUGGCCUAUCAAGAAAGAGUUGUCUGUGGAACUGUCCUCUCUACCGAGCUGGGAACAGGACCCAAUGAGAUCCUAUAGACCAUAAAGGAAAACUACCUAAAUCUUGGUUCUCAUACUAGCUAUGGCCUAUCUUUUUCUCCUUGUGUGCUACAUGAUAGCUCACUAUGUGCUUGGAUUUAUGCUGGAUUCUUCAGCUUCCUGCUGCCAGUGGAGGCCAACCCCAACAGAAAUUCAACAGGGAUCAGCAGAUCAGCAACCACCUAAGCUAUCUUCUGAAGGGUUAAAUAAUCAAUGAGCUUUGUUCUGGGUUCUUCACCUCAGGAGGAAUGUAAUUCUGAGUCAAUUCAGUUCCUACAGAACCUUUCUCUUAUGUAAUGGAAGUUUUCACGGUGGACCAGUCACUGGACCAGUUUCAAGGACUUUACCAUGAGAGUAUAGAUCUUUAAAGCAAAUAGGAGCCUCCACAAUGCUGUAUUCUUAAGUUAUAAUCUCAGUAGCAUGAGAUUUUCACUAUUAUAAUAAUAGUGAAAUAUAAUAAAAUCUCAAAUUUUUAAUUCCUCUAAUUAUGCAGAACUUCCACACCUAUCGUGAAAGUGGCCUUAUAAUGCUUAUAUACAGGUUAUAUAAUGCAUAGUUGAUGCUGAAAUGCUGUAGGUUUCUUCCUACAUUCUAUGUCUGUGUGACCCAACAACUGUGUUUAUGUGAACAAGUCAGUUUUAAGUUGUAGCUGUCCCUCAACCAUAGCCUGACAUCAAGAUAUAUGCUGAUGAAGGUGGGAGAGCGGAAACAGGGAGGGGAUUUGAUUAUAGUCAGUAAUGGUUUAACUUGUGGACUCAUCAAAGGUUAAAAUACAGGCACUGACCUGACAGCCUGAGGGAGCAGAGGGAAGGGAGGCAACAGUUCAUCAAGACAGAGGACCAGCCUUUUCCAAGGUGCAACAGAAGUUCAUGUUACUCCCAUCUCUUUCAUAAUUGCACAGCUGUUAUGGAGUGUGGAAAGCACAUUAACACUUAGCCUAAGAGCUCACUAGUCCCAGCCUAUUCCUUAUGUAUCAUUAAUAAAUUUAAAAAGUCACUGUAGACUUGCAA